AAAAUGAUUGAGACCUGUGAUCUGAAAAGAAGUGAUACCGACUUUAGGUCUACCACCAUAGCUUUGGAAAUUGAGGAGACUUCCAAAAUAGACAACAGUUGCUAAAUUGUCCGUGGAAAAAAAUGUGGUACAGGACGGUGUGCAUGUACUCCGCGCUCUGUGGACCGAAUCUUCACCCUACGAUAUGUCCAGUCGUGACAUAGGUAGCAACCAUCCAAGGUUUACUUGAUGUCAAAGUCAAACACAAUAUGCAGUGUGGUGGUAAAUCAUAAAAAAUAUUAAGGUAUCAGAUCCAGAUAUGGUGGUAUGUGAGGGAUUACUCUGCGAACUUUCAUCCAAUUGGGAAGGCCCCAAGAAAAGCAAGUUCUUGGUGAUUGGAAUUUCAUUUAAAUCGAACACAACUUUUACCUUUUCUUCCUCGUGGAUCAUCUCAAUUACACCACAGAAUGAGAACACAGCAAGAGAAACAUGGGAACUUUCCAAAUCAUACAAGAAGUAAAAGGAAUUUUCUGUGGUAUGAUAGGUGGUUUUCUCUGUCAGCUGCAAUGAUUCUCAUGGGAUGCAGUGGGUUAACAUACACAUAUGCUGUUUAUAGUGAGCAUAUCAAGGAGAAGUUUCACUACAGUCAGGAGCAGAUUGACAAUAUUGGAGCUGCUAAGGACUUUGGAGCCUUUAUUGGCAUUGUUUCUGGAUUUUUUUACAAUAUAUACCCACCAUGGGUUACUGUGUAUGUUGGGGCACUUUUGCACUUUUUUGGCUAUGGUCUGACGUGGAUGACAAUGUCUGGGGAUACUCCAACAUCAAUAUGGAUGCUUUUCCUGUAUAUGGCUUUGGGAAAUGGUGGAGAUGCUUGGGUAGAUACAGCCUGCAUGAUGAGCAGCUUGCAGAACUUUGAGGACCACCGGGGUACAGCAAUGGGUAUACUAAAGUCUCAACUUGGGUUGAGUGGUGCCAUGUUUGUGACUGUUUAUGAAGCUUUUUUGCGACCAGAUGUGAACAAUUUCAUUUUUAUGUUAACUCUCGUACCAACUAUCCUUUUUCUGCUUUUGGGAUUUUUCAUCAGCCCUGUAGCACCAACUGAGAGGGACAAAGAUAUAGGAGAGACCAUGCUGCGUUUCAAAAUUAUUUAUGGCAUGAUUGUGCUCCUGGGUAUUUACCUUGCAUUGUCAAUGCUUAUUCAGGUUAGAUUUCAACUUGGAAAUCCUGGCAGCCAUUUGUUUGCAAUUGUCAUGUUUGUCAUUGCAUCUGGAAUGUAUGCAGUUCCGGUAGCUAGAAAACAAUACGUACCUACUCCAAGGAUGUCUCAAGUAGAUGAGAUUGAUCUCCUUCCCAUUCCUCUAGUUCAUGUUAAUCACAAAAAACACUUGGAUGAGAAAUCUGAAUCAUUUGCUGGAGACAUUGAAAUGGAACGAAUCCCUCUUAAAGGUGUUCCUGCAUUUAUUGAAGUAGAAUCAGUAGAAACAUCUGUCCUGGGUAAUACAAAGGAACACAUCGAGGUCCAGAAGGUUGUUGAUCUGAAUGUUUGGGAAAGUCUUGUGGCAAUUGACUUUUGGCUUGUCACUUUUGUGGUUGUUAGCGGUGGGGGUAGUGGGCUUGCUAUUAUAAAUAAUUUUGCACAAAUUGGAAAUGCUGCAAGGAGCAAAGAGGUAGGAGUUUUUGUGCAAAUCAUUAGUUUGGGGAGCUGCUUUGGUCGAAUAACAUCUGGGUAUUUGUCUGAUUUGCUUAUGACAAGUGGGUAUCCUCGACCAUUAUGUUUGUUCAUCACUCAACUAACAAUGACGAUAUCUUGUAUACUUCUGGCAUUUGGCGGUGUCUUUUAUCUUUACAUUGGUUCAGCACUUAUUGGCAUGGCAUAUGGUGCAUAUUGGACUCUGUCUCCAGCUAUUCUCUCAGAAUUGUUUGGCAUAAAGCCAUUUGCAAUGCUGUACAAGAUAAUUGGGAUAACUCCAACCAUUGGAUCAUAUAUACUUUCAGCAAAAGUUCUGGGAGUUCUUUAUGACAAACAAGCUGCUCUAUACCAUAGCAAUUCUGCAAACAUGAGUGCACAUGGGGAGGAAAAUACAUGCUAUGGUUGGCAAUGCUUUGGUUUUGCUUUGCUUUACCUUUCUAUAAUUUGCUUCAUUGGUUGUUUAGCCUGCUUAUGGUUAAUAAAACGUACACGUAGACUGUACAAUAGAAAAUAUCAGGUUUUAUGUUACUCAACAAACUCAAAGCACCAGGAAUUCAAUAAAGUUCUAAGCAACACAACAUAGAAAAUAAAUUAGUCAUCCAUGUUAUUGCAGAUGCUUUCCCUGAAAAUGAGGAUGAGUAUCUAGCAUACAAAUAUAAUACAAUGUAAUUAGAGUUCCAAGCUUUAGUAUGUCUAAAUUUUAGAGACACGACCAAAAGAGAACUACUAUAAAUUAACUUUUCCUUAUUUUAAUCACCCAUAUAGCAGAGCACAAGUUUGCUUUCCAAUCAUGAGUAUUAAUCGAUAAUUUAUAUUUAUGGUUUGUGAAUAUAGCAGCUAGCUUUUGGGGGGGGGAAACUGGACAAUUUGAAAAUUGGUUGAUUUUCAAAAGGAAUUUUGCAAUCUUGGAAAUUAAUAAUAUCAAAAGUAUAUUUUCUGGCA